AAUGGGCAGAGUUUUCUGGUCUUGGAUGAGCAGAGAUUUGCAAAAGAAAUUCUUCCCAAGUACUUCAAACACAAUAACAUGGCCAGCUUUGUGAGACAACUAAAUAUGUAUGGCUUCCGUAAAGUAGUACAUAUCGACUCCGGAAUUAUAAAACAGGAGAGAGAUGGCCCUGUUGAAUUUCAACAUCCUUACUUCAAACAAGGCCAGGAUGACUUGUUGGAGAACAUUAAAAGGAAGGUUUCAUCUUCAAAACCAGAGGAAAAUAAAAUUCGUCAAGAAGAUUUAACAAAAAUUAUAAGUAGUGCUCAGAAGGUUCAAAUAAAACAAGAAACUAUUGAGUCCAGGCUUUCAGAAUUAAAAAGUGAGAACGAGUCCCUUUGGAAGGAGGUGUCAGAAUUAAGGGCAAAGCACGCCCAGCAGCAGCAAGUUAUUAGAAAGAUUGUCCAGUUUAUUGUUACAUUGGUUCAGAAUAAUCAGCUUGUGAGUUUAAAACGUAAAAGGCCUCUACUUCUAAACACUAAUGGAGCUCAAAAGAAGAAUCUAUUUCAGCACAUAGUCAAAGAACCAACUGAUAAUCACCAUCAUAAAGUUCCACAUAGUAGGACAGAAGGUUUAAAGUCAAGAGAGCGGAUUUCAGAUGACAUAAUUAUUUAUGAUGUUACUGAUGAUAAUGCAGAUGAAGAAACUAUUCCAGUUAUUCCAGAAACUAAUGAGGAUGUUGUGUCUGAUCCCAACUGCAGCCAGUAUCCUGACAUUGUAAUUGUUGAAGAUGACAAUGAAGAUGAGUAUGCCCCUGUCAUUCAGAGUGGAGAUCAGAGUGAACUAGCCAGAGAAUCAUUAAGUUUGGGAAAUGCUGGCGGCAGCCCCCUCAUGUCUAGUGCUGUGCAAUUAAAUGCCCCAUCCAACAUGAACUCUGAGGAUCCUGUGACCAUGAUGGAUUCCAUUUUGAGUGAUAACAUUAACCUCUUGGGAAAGUAAGUAUUUGUCUAGAUGUUUUUAAUUAUUCAGUUCAAUAAUAAACCUGAAGUAAAUAUUGAAUUUCUAUAAAUUCAAAGUAAUAAUAAUAACUGAUACUGACCCUGUCUUGUCUCUUUUUCUAUUGAUCCAAGUUGAACUCUGUCGUCAAAGGGAUUUAAUAGUCCCGUGAGUAGUCUUGGAACUUAGUUGAGCAAUUCUUUAGAUUUUUUAAAAAAUUAAAUUCUUGUUGUAACUGUAAGGUAUUUGUGCUUUUGACUGUACCAAUUCUGUAUACUAGUGUAGUUUCUAUUAAGGAACACAUUUUGUUAGAAGUAUAGUUAUUUAUAGUAUAGAAGUAAUCGAGUAAUGAGAAAGUAGAGAAGAAAAGGCUAAAGCACAUCUGUAUGGCAGCACAUCUUUUCUGAACAUAUUACAUUUGGGUAAAAGGUAUGAGUUUUCAGUUUUCAGAAAUCCCAAACCUUAAAUGUGAUGUCUUCAGAUCUGGUAAGGACUUAGAAGUCACUACCCUCAUUCUGUAAAACUAGCUCACCAGCAGUGGUUUGAAAUGUAAGAUCCAGAAUA